CCCAACACGGCUUUUAGAUGAGAAGAUGAGCAAAAUUUAAGACCUCAACUGUACUCUUCAUGGCUUCAAUUCUUUUUUUACUAUAUAUAAAUCCUUCUUCCUGCCCCCAGUUCUCAUCAAAGUCAUCUUGUUUAAGUGUUAUCUAGACUUACCAAAGAUGACAGCUUCUUUUUCUUUUAAGGUUCUUCUUGUUUUGUUUCUUGGUGCACUUGUUUGCGCCACUAGUGCUAGGAAGCUUACGGGUGGAUUUGAGGAAGAGAAAAACCUCUUCCAUCGUCGGCCGAGGUUUGGGGGUGGAUUAGGAGGAGGAGGUGGUGGAGGGUUUGGUGGUGGAGGUGGAGGAGGGCUAGGUGGUGGAGCUGGAUUUGGUGGGGGCGCUGGUGCUGGUGGUGGCCUUGGUGGAGGUGGUGGACUUGGAGGAGGAGGUGGUGGAGGGUUCGGAGGAGGUGGUGGUGGUGGAGUAGGUGGUGGUGCUGGUGGUGGGUUUGGAGGUGGGGCAGGAGCAGGAGCUGGAGGUGGACUAGGUGGUGGUGGUGGAGCUGGAGGUGGAGGUGGAGGCGGCUUCGGUGGAGGAGGUGGGUUUGGCGGUGGAGCUGGUGCAGGUGGUGGGUUCGGUGGUGGAGCUGGUGCAGGUAGUGGGCUUGGAGGAGGACUGCCAUGAAUAGAAGUCUUGCCCAAAAUAUAACGUCUACAUAAAUCAAUAAUGAAAAGUAUGAAUCAAAAUGUAAUUUGUUAAGUAUUACUUGAACAGCAAGCCUCAAUUUUAUGUUUUCUGUUAUUUGUUCCAAUUUGUUAAAGAAGGAAAUAAAAGCAUAAACCCUAUGCUUGCUCGCAAUUUCAUCAUAGAA